AAUCAAAGCAUGUUGAUAUACUGCUACCGUCUACGAUCCCCAUUCCCUCCAAGCAUAGACAAGCCCUCAUCGCAGUCUUCCCUCUAUGUCGCUGCUCUCCCACUCAAACUUUGACCAGCACGACCAAAUCUAACCACCACGACUGCCUAUCGCACCGCUCUAUAACCACACUUGCUCGCUCUGUCAGAACAGACUGUGUGCUCGAGUAUGCAGAGAUGACCUCUUCCAUUUCACCAGAAGAAGCAAGAGACGCUACAAAACCCCGAGGUCGUGCGUCAAGAAUCUUCAUAAAGCCAAAAACAAGCAUCGCUGGGACUGUUACCAUGAUACAGAGCCUUCUCUUCCUUAGAGGCGACACAGAUCCUCUUAUUUGUAUCACGGGUAUUGGCAAAAAUAUCUCAAAAUGCAUCACAAUUGCAGAGAUUGUACAGCGUCAAGCAACAGAGCCGCUUGGGCAUAUAUCAACGCUCAGCAAGGAGAAGAAGUUUGCAGACAGAGGUACAGAGGUGCUUGAUGAAGAAACAGGAGAGCUCGAAUGGCUGGAAGAGCCCUUAGAGCUUGCAGAUACAGACCGCUUCAUGCCCAGAAUUACUAUUGAGCUGUGGAAGAUCAGUGGUGGGCCCAGAGCACAGUAGAGUACAAUCACCCAAGGAAACAAGUCAGGAAGGCAAGAUGAUUGGAUGCAUAGAUUGAUACGUACUGCAAUCGAUCUCUGCUUCAUGAAGAGAGUGACUGAAGUCAACUUGAGACGUUUUAUGCAGAACGGAAAACGCGUGAGCAGGAAGAUGCAAUUUACACCUCUUGAAUCUCGCGAAGACGACGGAUAGUAG